AUGGCGAAGGCGAUCUAUCUUCUAUUCGCCGCCGCGCUAAUUGCUCUAAUAGUCCUCUCUCCAUCAAGCCCACGCCACCAUGGCCAUCACCGCCGCCUUGGCUUCAGCGGCCACGUCCCGAUUUUCGACCCUCUUGUUUCCAAGAUGGAAAGGUACGUGGAGGAGAAUGCAUUACAAGACCAAAACCAUACUAUAGAUACAGAACACGAUUUGGUCAUUGCCAAUGAUGUUGAGGAAGCACAACAAUAUCUCAGCGAGACCGGAAACUUGAAUAUAACCAUGAGGUUGGUCGGUAUCUUUCCAUCGUUGGAUGUGGAACCCAAAGAUGGAUUCGUUAGCUACGAUGAGCUUAAGCAUUGGAUUGUGGCACAAGCCGUGGAGAGAAUGAUUUACAGGACACGGAAAGUAAUGGCAGAAAAUGAUAGAGAUGGAGAUAGAGCCAUUUCUUUCAGGGAGUAUCUGCCACAGUUUUCCACUGAGGAUAUUGAUAGAAAUGAAAUGGGGCAUGAAGAAGCUGGAUGGUGGAAGCAGCAAUUUGACAAUGCUGAUGCUGAUAGGAAUGGUUUACUUACCUUCAAUGAACUUAAAGAUUUUUUGCACCCAGAAGACAGUUCAAAUGAUCGAAUUCAUAAAUGGCUGUUGACAGAAAAGAUGCAAAGGAUGGACCAUGAUCAUGAUGGCAAGCUGAACUUCGUGGAGUUUUUGGACAAUGCUUAUGAUGUCUUCAAGAAUUAUGUUGAAUUUGAAACAGGCAGAUCCGGAGUACCCAUAGCAGAAGAGAAAUUUGCAGAGCUUGAUGUGAACAAGGACAAAUUCUUGGAAGCUGAAGAACUGAGACCGAUACUACAUUAUCUUAGCCCGGGAGAACUAACCUAUGCUACCUAUUUCACAAGUUUUCUAAUUCAUGAGGCUGAUGAUAACAAAGAUGGAAAGCUAACGUUGCAAGAGAUGCUGCAACACGAAGAUGUUUUCUACAACACAGUCUAUGAGAGCAGCAGUGAUGAUGAUAGCCAUGAUGAUCACGACGAAUUCUAA